AUGUCUAUAAUUCGCAAAAACGUAUUAAUUCAAACGAGUUUAAAUUUAUUAAACUCGCCUCGUUUAAUCUUAAUUAAGAAUAUUAUAUUCGUGGUGGUUAUAUAUCGCGUUUUAACGUCACAAUUUAACAAAUUAAGAGUAUAUGGCAUUCGACGAACUGCUAUAGAAGCAUACAAAUUCGUAUUUGCUGUUGCAUUACGUGUUAUUUUAGCUGGCACUCCGGGAGUAAAAGGAAAGAUACGAACAGAAGUUGAUAAAGCAAUUAAAGAAAUUGAAGAAAAAGUUGCGCCGAAAAAGCCAGGUGAUGCAAGAUAUUUGGAACUACCUGAGGAAGGAUUGGACGAGGUGCGACUAAAAGAAGAGCUGAGAAGAUAUCGAUCUAUGGGAGAUAUAAAAUGGGAAGAAGGACGUGUUUCUGGUGCUAUUUAUCAUGGCGGACAAGAUCUAUCGCGAAUUCUUUCGGAAGCUUAUACUAUGUUCUCGACAAGUAAUCCUUUACAUCCAAACAUAUUUCCUGGGGUACGAAAAAUGGAUGCUGAAGUUGUUGCUAUGGUGCUCAACUUGUAUAAUGCUCCCGAAGGAGCCUGUGGGACUACAACUUCUGGAGGCACUGAAAGUAUAUUAAUGGCUUGCAAAGCGUAUCGUGAUUUGGCUAAAGAUGUAAAAAAAGUCACGAAUCCUGAAAUGAUUGUUCCUGAAACUAUACAUGCAGCAUUUGACAAAGCUGCAUCAUAUUUCAACAUAUCGAUUAUUCAUAUUCCUGUUGAUCCGAUUACUGGCAAAGUAGACGUUAAAGCUGUUGCACGUGCUGUAAAUUAUAAUACAAUCAUGAUUGCUGGAUCGGCACCAAAUUUUCCACAUGGUAUUAUUGAUGAUAUCCCCGCAUUAGCAAAAAUCGCAAAGAAACACAAGAUCGGGUUACAUGUUGAUUGUUGUCUGGGGAGCUUUAUGGUCCCGUUCUUAGAAAAGGCUGGGUUCCCUACUGAACCUUUUGAUUUUCGUAUAGAUGGAGUUACCUCGAUAUCGUGUGAUACACACAAGUAUGGUUUUGCGCCAAAAGGAUCUUCGGUAAUAAUGUAUCGAUCAAAAGAUUAUCGUAAAUACCAAUACUUUUUUGCACCUGAUUGGACUGGUGGAAUAUAUGCUUCUCCAUCUAUCGCUGGAUCCCGGCCUGGAGCCUUGAUUGCUGGUUGUUGGGCUGCAUUGACGAGUAUCGGAAAAUCCGGUUAUAUUGAUGCCACAAAGAAGAUUGUAGGAUGUGCAAAAAAGAUAGAAGCUGGGAUUCGCGAAAUUGAUGAUCUAUUCGUAUACGGAAAACCCCUUGUGUCAGUUGUUGCAUUUGGAUCGAAAACUUUAAAUGUUUAUAAUCUAGCCGAUAAAAUGACACAAAAGAAAUGGGAACUUAAUUCACUUCAAAAUCCGCCAGCAAUUCAUAUCGCAUGCACCAUGUUAACUGUUCCAAAUGUCGAUCAGUUCCUUAAAGAUCUUCGUAAUGCUGUCCGAGAACUAAAAGAACAACCUUUCCAAAAAAACAGCGGCACGGCUGCUUUAUAUGGCAUGGCAGCAACUGUACCUGAUAAAACAAUAGUUAAUGAUGUGGCUGCUGG